GCGUAUGUAUUCGCAUUUGCCUCCUAUCUUAAAUCACGCGACUGGGCUUUGGGCCAUCUUCCCUAGGUCGUAGCAAAGGAAGAACCCUCGAUCGAGCCGAGACUUCGUCGACGGAACCAUUCGAUCCUUCCCCCUCGUCGAUCCCAUCGGAUCUCGCGACUCCGACAUGGCUCAGCCCUUCGUGAAGAAGGACGACGAUCUUGACGAGGAAGAGGAAUACUCUCCCUUUUAUGGAAUAGAGAAAGGCGCAGUACUCCAAGAGGCCAGAGUUUUCCACGAUCCUCAACUCGAUGCCAGAAGAUGCUCGCAGGUUAUCACAAAGCUUCUGUAUUUGCUUAAUCAAGGAGAAACAUUUACCAAGGUUGAAGCCACGGAAGUCUUUUUUGCUGUGACGAAACUGUUUCAAUCAAAGGACACAGUUCUUAGGAGGAUGGUUUACUUGAUGAUUAAGGAACUCUCACCCUCUGCAGAUGAGGUUAUUAUCGUCACAAGCUCAUUGAUGAAGGAUAUGAAUAGUAAGACUGAUAUGUAUAGAGCCAAUGCUAUACGAGUCCUUUGUAGAAUUACAGAUAGUACUCUACUUACACAAAUUGAGAGAUACUUGAAACAAGCGAUCGUUGACAAAAAUCCUGUUGUUGCUAGUGCUGCACUUGUUAGUGGAGUUCACUUGCUUCAGACAAACUCGGAAAUUGUAAAAAGAUGGAGCAACGAGGUUCAGGAAGCUGUUCAAUCAAGAGCUGCUCUGGUUCAAUUUCAUGCACUUGCACUUCUUCACCAGAUAAGACAAAAUGAUCGCCUGGCUGUUAGUAAGCUGGUUACUAGCUUGACAAAAGGUUCAGUGCGGUCACCUUUAGCUCAAUGCCUUCUGAUACGAUACACCAGCCAGGUAAUUAGAGAAUCAAGUAUGAAUACACAAGCAGGCGAGCGCCCAUUUUUUGAUUAUCUUGAAUCUUGUCUACGACAUAAAUCAGAAAUGGUCGUCUUUGAAGCAGCAAGAGCAAUAACAGAGUUGAGUGGUGUGACCAGUAGAGAGUUGACUCCUGCAAUAACUGUUCUUCAGUUGUUUUUGAGUUCAUCCAAGCCUGUUCUUCGGUUUGCAGCUAUUAGAACUCUAAAUAAGGUUGCUUCGACACAUCCGCUGGCAGUUACAAAUUGCAACAUUGAUAUGGAAAGCUUAAUCUCAGACCAAAACAGGAGCAUUGCAACUCUUGCUAUAACGACACUUUUAAAAACAGGAAAUGAGUCAAGUGUUGAUCGCUUGAUGAAACAAAUAACAAACUUUAUGUCAGAUAUCGCAGAUGAAUUCAAGAUUGUUGUUGUGGAAGCUAUAAGAUCUCUGUGCUUGAAGUUUCCUCUCAAAUACCGUUCAAUGAUGAAUUUCUUAAGUAACAUUCUUCGAGAAGAAGGGGGUUUUGACUAUAAGAAAGCAAUUGUUGAUUCAAUAGUCAUACUUAUCAGAGAUAUACCAGAUGCUAAAGAAAUCGGCUUGUUUCAUCUCUGCGAAUUCAUUGAGGAUUGUGAGUUCACAUAUCUGUCGACUCAGAUACUUCACUUUCUUGGUAAUGAAGGACCAAAGACUUCAGAUCCUAGUAAAUAUAUUCGUUAUAUCUACAAUCGUGUGAUACUUGAAAAUGCAACUGUCCGAGCUUCUGCUGUAAGUACCUUGGCGAAGUUUGGUGCAAUGGUUGACUCGUUAAAGCCUCGUAUAUUUGUUCUGUUGAGACGUUGCCUAUUUGAUACUGAUGAUGAGGUUAGGGACCGGGCGACACUUUAUCUGAACACUCUAGGAAGUGAUGCUUCUGUUGGUGGAACUGACGAAGAUGUAAAAGACUUCCUAUUUGGUCCAUUGGACGUGCCACUUGUCAACUUGGAAACAAGCUUGCAGAACUACGAGGCUUCAGACAUACCUUUUGAUAUUAAUUCAGUUCCAAAGGAAGUCAAGUCGCAACCUCUUGCUGAGAAAAAGGCUCCUGGUAAGAAGGCAAUUGGUUUAGGGGCUCCUCCGAGUGGUCCUACCUCAGUUGUUGAUGCAUAUGAAAAGUUGCUUUCUUCUAUUCCCGAGUUCUCCAGCUUUGGAAAUCUCUUCAAGUCGUGUUCACCCAUGGAGUUGACCGAGCCAGAAACUGAAUAUGCGGUUAAUGUAGUGAAGCACAUCUUUGAUGGCCAUGUUGUGUUCCAAUACAACUGCACAAACACCAUCCCAGAACAAUUACUAGAAAAUGUUACUGUUUUUGUUGAUGCAUCUGAAGCUGAGGAAUUUUCAGAAGUCCUAACAAAGCCUUUACGAUCCUUACCUUAUGAUUCACCAGGGCAGACUUUUGUUGCAUUUGAAAAACCAGAAGGUGUUCCUGCUAUUGGAAAAUUCUCAAACCUUUUAAAGUUCGUGGUGAAGGAGGUAGAUCCAGCUACAGGGGAAGCAGACGAAGAAGGUGUCGAAGAUGAAUACCAGCUAGAAGAUCUUGAAAUUGUCGCAGCUGACUAUAUGUUGAAGGUGGGAGUCUCCAACUUCAAAAAUGCUUGGGAAAAUUUGGACCCAGAUAAUGAGCGGAUUGAUGAGUAUGGUCUUGGUGUGAAAGAAAGCUUGGCGGAAACUGUUAGUGCAGUUAUAGAUAUCCUUGGCAUGCAGCCUUGCGAGGGAACUGAGGUUGUCCCAAACAACUCAAGAUCUCACACAUGUUUGCUCUCUGGAAUUUUUAUUGGCAACGUGAAAGUGUUAGUCAGAGUGUCAUUUGGUAUUGAUGGGUCUAAGCAGGUUGCAAUGAAACUUGCAGUUAGAUCUGAAGAUCCAGAUAUCAGUGAGAAAAUUCAUGAAAUUGUUGCUGAGGGUUAGAUGCAAACAUGAUUUUUUCCCCCCCCUAGUGAUUGUUUCCUGUAGUUGCAGUGUUGUUGUUUGUUGGCAUUAAUAAAAGUAAGCUCGAAAGACUGACGGAAUCAAAUUUCUAGGGAUUAUGACAUGUUUCUUGUAGCAAGCAAUACAUUCUGUCUUUUUGGAUUUUGGUUCUUCCAUUCAAGCAUUAUAUAAAAUUCGUACUUGAUGUUUACAGUA